GAGUGAACUUGAACUGACAAAAUGAAACAUUACGUGACUGAGCAAGUUAGAGCUUUGCUUUCCUGUUCUUUACACCAUCACAAUUAGUUUCUAAUGAUGAGUGCGUGUCUGUAUUUAUGUGUAUUUCAGAGGUCAGUAAACCUGAAAACGUGGGUUCGCGUGUCGUCACAGUGCUCUUUCCUGGUUUAGAGGGCGUUGCAUCACUUGACAGAUAUAUACUUCACAGAUCUCAAACCUAGUCAGUGAGAUACAGGGAAGAAGAGAGAGAGAAAAAACUGACAGCGUUCAAAGAAAGACAAAUUCCUGCCUCAAGGGGACUACGGGACAGUCUGUCACAUAACUUCAGGCAUGGCGGGCAACAGCUUUGAAGCCGAGUUCCUGCAGACUCAUAACGCAUACCGCAAACAGCACGGAGCCCCGGCCCUCACCGUAAACGCACACCUGUGCCGCUCCGCUCAGGCGUGGGCGGAGCAUCUGCUGUCAAUCAAGACCCUCAAACACAGCAACAAGGACUACGGAGAAAAUCUGUACUACGCUUGGAGCUCAUCUGGCAAAAAGCUCACAGGACACGAAGCAGUGGAAAGCUGGUACAGCGAAAUUAAAGAUUACAACUUCAGCAGACCUGGGUUCAGCUCCAAAACAGGUCACUUCACGCAGGUGGUGUGGAGGGACACCAAGGAACUGGGAGUGGGACUGGCCACUGAUGGGAGCACGGUUUUUGUGGUGGGUCAGUACCUCCCUGCGGGAAACAUCACGAAUGCAGGUUAUUUUGAAAAAAAUGUCUCGCCGGCAGGCGUCAAAGCAGAUUCGAAGUCCACCGGUGCAACUGAAAAAGUGGGACAAGUGCACGGUGGCACUCAUUCAAACAAAGCGCCCUCAGUUCCUCGCAGUACUGAAAUAGCACCAGCAAGGGACCGAGGAGAGCAUCAAGCGCAAAGUAAGUUGGCAGACAGCGGCUUUGAAGCUGAGUUCCUGCAGACUCACAAUGCAUUUCGCAAACAGCAUGGAGCGCCGGCCCUCGCCGUAAACACAGACCUGUGCCGCUCCGCUCAGGAAUGGGCCGAGCACCUGCUGUCAAUCAAGACCCUCACGCAUAGCAAUGGAGAGUACGGAGAGAAUGUGUAUUACACUUGGAGCUCAGCUAAGAAAAAACUCACAGGGCGUGAGGCAGUGGAAAGCUGGUACGGUGAAAUUAAAGACUACAACUUCAGCAGACCUGGAUUCACCUCCAAAACAGGUCACUUCACGCAGGUGGUGUGGAAGGACACCAGAGAGGUGGGGGUUGGACUGGCCACCGAUGGUCACGCAACUUUCGUUGUGGGUCAGUAUCUGCCGGCAGGAAACAUCAGCAAUGCUGGAUAUUUUGAAAGAAAUGUCCUGCCAGCAGGCUCCAAAGUAGACUUUAAAUCCACCCCGACUGCUGACAGAGUUGGACAAGCGCUUGCCGCUCUCAGCAUCAAGUCAAACCAGUUGCCUUCAUCGCCUCACAGUUCUGGAGCAGCUCCACGUAAGAGCAGCAGUGCAGAAGGUGAGAGCUUGUCCCAGUUUCGUCAGUCUCUCCUUGAAGCUCAAAAUGAUUACAGACAGCAACACGGAGCACGGCCUCUGUCCCUGUGCUCCGUCCUCAGUAAAGAGGCUCAGGAUUGGGCAGCACAUCUGAUUAGCAUUAAUGCCCUCAAGAACAGCAGCAAAGGUUAUGGAGAGACUAUGUCAUACAAGUGGACGUCCACCUUGGUGCCGCCAACAGGAAAAGAGAUCGCUGAAUCAUGGUACAAGGAAAAUUUGAAGUACAACUUUGCAAAGCCCGGCUUUCAGAAUGGAACUGGUAACUUCACCCAGAUGAUCUGGAGGUCUACAGAACAGGUUGGGGUUGGCCUGGCAUCAGAUGGAAAGGGCAAGUUUAUCACUGUGGCCUUUUACAAACCUCCUGGCAACAUUACCAACCCUGGCUACUUCGAGGAUAAUGUCAAACCUGCUGGGAGGUGAUCUGUUAAAUAAGAAGCAUUAGAUCUUAUGCAUUUUACCAAUGCAUUUUAUUUUUUUGUUACUCGAGAUGUUAUUCAUACGUUACCAGAAAGUCAAUCUUCUGAAUAUAUUGCAUACUUUUCAUUCAUUUUUUAUUGCUUGGUUCUUUUUCGAGGCUGUAUUUCUUCCUUCACAGGUGACUUAUAAUGUAUAGAAAGAGACUUAAAUAUACUUGUAAUGUAUAGAAAUACUAUGCAUCCUAAUAAAAUCUCGAAAUGUAUAAUGCAUGAUACGAAUGCAGA